GCGCUAAAUAUAUAUAUAUAUAUAUGUAUGUAUAUGUGUAUAUAUGCUUAGGCAUAUCACCACAUUACCCAUCCAGUCAGUGGCCCAGAUCGUCUAGUUGGUUAGGAUGAUACGUUGUGGUUCUUCUAUACAGCGAUCCGUGUUGACGGCGGUUCGAAUCCGCCUCUGGGCAUUGAAAUGUUUUUUGGUCUCCCCACCCAGAUGGCCCAACCUCGCGCUUUCCCUUUGGGAAAUCUCAACAGUCACCGCCGUUUAUGACGUUGCACUGCUGACAAGGCUGGGUAGCAUCGACAUUUGCAUGCAUCCGGAUGCACUCGAUUAACGCACCAGAACCAGAUGCAUUGCAAGGAUCUGGAAAAAGUAUCGCGGACAUUUCGGCUCAAUGUCAGCAUCUGACUUUCAUUUUCCGGUCGAUCGCCAUCUAGCAGACAGAUAGAUAGAUACUCCGUACUUCGUAGAUAGAUGGGGAUAGUCGAAGGAUGUUUUCCACAUGUGACAGGUCGAUGGGAGAAAGCAUCCUUAGCUCGGAUUUCCACGGCUGAACUGCUGUUUGUCGUCGUCGCUACAUCCUGGGAUUGAUGGGUAGCUGGCAGGUGACGAGCAACCUGCAAGCAUAUAAUGACAUGUUUGACAUUGCACUUUCGCAG